AUGGCGUCUACAAAGCAAUACAGACUUCUCUGCCUAGAGAACCCUCUCCUUGAUAUCCAGGCCUUCGGCAACGAGGCUCUGCUCGAGAAGUACGGGCUUAAGGCCAAUGAUGCCAUUUUGGCUGAGGAGAAGCACCUGCCCAUCUAUGAGGAACUCCUCAACAACUACGACGCCAAGCUGAUCGCCGGUGGUGCCGCCCAGAACACGGCCCGUGGCGCGCAGUACAUCCUACCGCCCAACAGCGUCGUCUACAUUGGCGGUGCUGGUGACGACAAGUAUGCUGCCAUCCUGCGCAAGACAUGCGACGAGGCUGGCCUGCGCGUCGAGUACCGCGUCGACCCCAAGAUCCCUACCGGCCGCUGCGGCGUCGUCAUCACUGGUCACAACCGCUCCAUGGUCACUGACCUGGGCGCCGCCAAUCACUAUGACCUGGAGCACCUCAAGCGCCCGGACAUCUGGGCUCUUGUUGAGAACGCCGAGGUCUACUAUGUCGGUGGCUACCACCUGACUGUCUGCCCGCCCGCGAUUAUGGAGCUCGCCAAGGAGGCGGCCGCCAAAAACAAGAUUUUCAUCCUGUCCCUUGCGGCGCCCUUCAUCCCGCAGUUCUUCAAGGACCCACUGGACGAGACCGCGCCCUACUGGGACUAUGUGAUCGGCAACGAGACGGAAGCCGCCGCCUACGCCGAGUCGCAUGGCUUGGGCACCACGGACCUCAAGGAGAUCGCCAAGGCGCUGGCCAACCUUCCCAAGGCAAACCCUCAGCGCAAGCGCGUGGCCAUCAUUACCCAUGGCACUGAGCCAACCAUCGUUGCUGUCCAGGGCGAGGACGAGGUUAAGGAGUACCCUGUCCACGAGAUUCCCAAGGAGGAGAUCUGUGACACCAACGGCGCUGGCGAUGCCUUCGCCGGCGGCCUGUGCGCUGGUAUCGUCGAGGGCCGCCCGCUGGCCGAUUGCAUUGACAUGGGCCAGUGGCUGGCGCGGCUGAGCAUCCGGGAGCUGGGUCCUUCGUACCCCUUCCCUAAGCAGACCUAUACCCCCAGGCAGUAG